CUUCUCUCCGUCUUCACCUCAAUCCAUUUCCCUCUAGGUUUCUGUGGUCAGAGGAAGGAUGCUGCCCUGCAGACUCCUGGCUCUGCUGGGGCUCCUCGUGCUCUGCAAAGGUCAGGAGGAGAGCGGGACGGGCGAGUCCUGCGACAACUUCACAGACCUCAACCUGUCCCACUGCUUCAUGGGAACUGUCCUGUACGUGAGGCUGCUGCUCUACACGCGCUCCAACCUCGACUGCGGCCACGAGCUCAACCACCACCGCCUGUCCUCCCAGCCGCUCUUCAACCUGUCGCGCCCCACCGCCUUCGUCAUCCACGGCUACCGGCCCACAGGAGCGCCCCCCAUCUGGAUCGACCACAUAGUCCACCUGCUGGCCGAGCAGGAGGACAUGAAUGUCAUCGUGGUGGACUGGAACAAUGGGGCGGCCAACCUCAACUACUUCACCGCCGUGACCAACACCAGGAAGGCGGCUUACAACCUGACCGGCUUCAUCAUGACCAUGCAGGAGGAAGGAGCCUCUCUGAGUUCAGUGCACCUCAUCGGCGUCAGUCUGGGAGCUCACCUGGCUGGAUUUGUAGGAGCAAACCUGAAGGGAAAGAUUGGACGAAUCACAGGCCUGGACCCAGCCGGGCCGAUGUUCACCAGCGCCACACCAGAGGAGAGGCUGGACCCCUCAGACGCCAUGUUUGUAGACGUGCUUCACACCGACAUGAACUCAUUUGGACUGACAGGAGCUCACGGUCAUAUUGACUUCUACGCCAACGGUGGUAAUGACCAACCAGGGUGUCCCAAAACCAUCUUUGCAGGUAAAUCUUAUUUCGUGUGUGACCACCAGCGCUCUGUGUUUCUGUUCUUGUGUGCUCUGAACCGGACUUGCAGCCUCACGGGUUACCCCUGCUCGUCCUACAGCGACUUCCUGGAAGGCCGCUGUCUGCAGUGCGAGGCCUUUAAACCUGCUUCCUGUCCCGUGCUUGGUUACGAUUACAGCCAGUGGAGGGAGACUCUGCUGCAGCUCGGACAGACCCAAGUCUUCUUCAGCACCACGGCCACGCUGCCCUACAGGAAGCUGAUGUACAGAGUGGACAUGGUGACGUGGAACCAGUACCUCCGCUGGGGGGUCGUCUUCAUCCGGCUGCACAGUGGCAGAAACUUCACCGAGGUCCGACUAGACCAGAAGCUCUUCCGGUUCGAGCAGUACACCUCCACGCGGCUGCUGGCCCAGUUCGAUGACGAUCUGCAGCAGGUCCAGAAGAUCUCGAUGCGCAUCAACACCGGCAACGUGAUCGGCCCGCGGUACAAAAUCAGGCUGCUGCGAAUCCGCUUCACGCCGCUGGAGCGUCCUGAGAGGCCUUUAAUGUGCCGCUUUGACAUCAUCCUGGAGGAGAACGUGGAGGUGGCGUUUCGUCCUUUACCCUGCAACUCUCGCCUUUGACUCCCCGACCGGACCCGCAUCUUCUUCUAUGGAAACUCAUCUAACUCAGCCAAACCCAGACGUCCCCUGGGUCCCGCAGGGUCUCCUGGCCCCCGGGGGGGCCCCGCAGGAGGAGCUGCAGCCUCCAUACUGGACGAUAAAGACGACCCGACUGGUGCUGUGGAUUAACUCCUGGUUACUGGAAAAUCUACAUAUGGUCACAUACGACUGAAGCCACCACGCCUGUCUCUGCUGGUGCUGGUGACGGGAUUUUUGGAGAGCUGAUACAAGUGUUAAUCUGUGAGAUCCGGUAACACAGCAACCAGAUCUGUAACGAGAUUAAGGAAUAAGAUGCUGCAGGAGAGACGUCACAGUCUCUCUUCAUCUCUGGCUGCAUUUACACAAACAAACUUUAUUUACACGUAACUGCAGAGAAACUCUCAGUAUUCACUGUGUUCCUGUCGAUAAAGGGAUAGUUGAGAUCUGUGGAAGUGGGGUUGUAUAAGACACUUAUCUAUUAGGGCUGGGUAUCGCCAAUGAGUUCCCGAAUCGAUUCUGAUUCAAAAGGUCCUGAUUCUGUUACAUUUCUGAUUUGAUAUCAAUUAGGUUAGGAACAUUUCAGUUACAAUACCAAUAUAACUUAAAUAUAAAAGAGAUUCUUAGAGAUCUUCUGCUGUAA